UGGUAAUACUAAUGUAAGUCGUAGACUCAUAUUUACACCCGCUGAUUACGGCUAUCUUUAUUUUAUAUUGUUACAAUACUUCUGCACUUGCAAUAUCUAGUUCUAUCAUCCUCCUCCUUCUCCUCCUUUGACGACAGAAAUGGUUUGCUUAAUGAGGAUGGUACUCUUUCUCGUAUCUUUUCAGUCGCAUAAACUUUUACCGCAGUGAUUUUGAAGUAAUUUUCUUACCAGAUGUACUCUCAAGUAAACAAAUAAAUUUAGUAUAACAAGUUUUCUUCCUACAAAUGAUUUAUUGAUAGAUUGUAUGUAACUUUUGAGUUAUGAAUUGAUUCAUAGGAGCCAACUCAAGCUUCUCAGCUUAUUUAUUUCGAGUUAGUUUAAUCUGUUCAAUUUCAUUCAUUUUUAUUUCUCUAGCGGAAAUAUCUAGAGUGGUUCUGUUCACUUCAACCAGUCAGCAGGUAUCACCCAUGGGAUUGUAACUGACUGAUUAGUAGUUUCUAAGCUAUAUUUGGUUACUGGGAUUCAAUUUCUGGAGUUAUGGAUUACGAAGUUAAAUCUCAGAAGCUUUUCUAUCGACCGACAAAAAAGUAUCAGAAGGUUGCAGCCAUGAAAUUAUUGGUUUUGGUGAUGGGAAUGAUAAUUACAUAUAUUCUAGUGAUUCAGUCAUCUUCCUUGACACGUCCUUAUGGAUAUAAUUUAUCGUCCCUUUAUAGUACUUGUGGUAAAGUUCUUAAACCAGGAAUGACCAGCCUCUCAGUUGAGGAGGAUGUCUCUUGCCGGACAGAUUUGGUUGGUUUCUAUCCCAGUGUCUCACUUGAAUCAUUUGUAACAAAUACAGAUUAUUUAUCUGUGGAAAAAGAAAUUAUGCAUGGAGAUGAGUUGCCAAACGAGAAAGCAACUGGAGGGGAUUCUGAUUUUGAUUUUCACGCAGAUCAAAGAGACUGGACGGAUGGAAGGUUUCCGCCUUCACCUUCACCUUCUCCAACACAAGGUAUGGAGCUUGAUGAGUUGGAGUCGACUAAUAAAGAAGAACAAGUCGAAUAUGGAGAAUUAUCUAAAAACGACAAUGAUUUGGGUUCCAAGGAAGUGUCUGAGUUUUCAGUAUUGCAGGGUGGUCCAGCUACUCGGACUAAGUAUACUGAAACUCAAAUUAAAAGCGAAAUUACACCUGCAAGUUUAGUAACAUCGAUACAUGAAAUGAGCAAUUUAUUAGUACGAAGCCAUUCUACUUUUCGGUCGAUGCAACCACGAUGGAGUUCUCCUCGCGACAGAGAAUUAUUAACUGCAAGGUCAGACAUCGAGAAUGCUCCAAUCGUAGAUAAAGAUACAGAUCUUUAUGCUUCUCUUUUUCGGAAUAUUUCCACAUUUAAAAGAAGUUACGAACUAAUGGAACGAAUGCUAAAAGUUUACGUCUACAAGGAAGGAACUAAACCCAUUUUCCAUUCGCCACGCCUCAAGGGAAUUUAUGCUUCUGAAGGGUGGUUCAUGAGACAGCUGGAAGGAAACAAAAGAUUUGUUGUUAACGACCCUACGGAAGCUCACUUGUUUUAUUUACCUUUUAGUAGCAGAGCUCUACAGGGAAUAAUGCAUGUGCCGAUCUCACACGGCCUUAAGAACCUGAGUGAAUAUCUGAAGAAUUAUUUAGAUACAAUAGCAGCAAGACAUCCUUUCUGGAAUAGAACCGGUGGAGCUGAUCAUUUUCUUGCUGCUUGCCAUGAUUGGGCCCCAGAAGAAACAAAUGACUAUAUGAGCACUUGUAUCAGAGCUCUUUGCAACGCUGAUGUCAAUGUAGGCUUCAAGAUAGGGAAAGAUGUUUCUCUUCCAGAGACGAACAUUCAUAGUUCGAAAUAUCCUCUCAGAUAUUUAGGAGGUGAGCCUCCAUUGCACAGAAGAAUUCUGGCUUUCUUCGCUGGUCGUAUGCAUGGGUAUCUCCGUCAAAUACUAGUAAAGCACUGGGAAAACAAAGACCCAGAUAUGCACGUUUAUGGUGGUGGAAAUAUGAACCAAAAGAGCUACAUUCAUUCUAUGAAGAGCAGUAAAUACUGUAUUUGUGCCAGGGGUUACGAAGUCAACAGUCCAAGGGUCGUGGAAUCCAUCUUCUUCGAAUGCGUUCCGGUGAUUAUCUCCGACAAUUUUGUCCCUCCAUUUUUUGAGGUGUUAAAUUGGGAAGCUUUUGCUGUGUUUGUACCAGAGAAAGAUAUACCAAAUUUGAAGAGUAUUCUUCUUUCUAUAACUGAAGACAAGUAUGUAGCCAUGCAGAUGAACGUGAAGAAGGUACGACAGCAUUUUCUCUGGCAUACGAGUCCUUUGAGGUAUGAUGUCUUUCAUAUGAUUCUUCACUCAAUUUGGUAUAACAGAGUUUUCCAGAUACCAGAUAGAUAGAAAUAUGAAAGGAUUAGGUUCGUGUUUUUGACUGGAAAGUACUUGAUAACUGGAUGCCUACGCACCUUUGGCAACAACAACAAUCUUACCAUGCGACUCAUGAGUCAGAUUCAGAUUUGGUGGUCUCCUAUCCUAUGACUGUUUUGAUUAAUAAUUCCUCGGAGAACAGGAGACUCAUGAUUUUGACUCAUGUAGACACGAAACGCUGGCAGGCACUUUUGAAAUCUUUCCCAUCUUAAUCUUUGCAAAAAUUAAUUACUACAAGAACUGCAAAAAUACUCGUACGUACAUUUGACAUCUCUGGGUUUUCUCGGAAAAAAUGCCACAAGCUGGUGCAAAAUCUCAGUAUCCGAAUUCUCUAUGGAGUGUGAAAACAGGAAUUUCAUGUAAGAAACAAUCAUCAUUUAUUUUUAUUGCAAAACGUCUUGCUGCCAAUAACCGUUGAAAAAGAAGAAACUCGGUCACAAGGUAUCCACCCAAUGACAUGACCGCCCUAGUACUAGAUAGGGCCUUGCAAAUCUCUAAUCAUGCCUUUUAUAGAUUACCUGUUUAGAGUAUUGAUGCAUCAUCAAGAGGAAGACAGUUUCAUUUCUUCCCCCAGUGGCUGAACCUGAAGAAAGGAACGGAAGCAUUCUUUCUUUGAUUGGAGAUGAAUGGUGAUGAGUUUUUAUAUAGACCCUUCCGCAGAUGAUCUUUUGCAAAAACAAUGAUAUUUUGGCAUUCUAUUUUUUCCGUCCGUAUACACAUAACCUAGACCAUCCUCUAUAUCAUAUUUUCAGAUAACCACUUCCCAUAAUCCCGUGAUAUAGUACAUCUUUUUGGCAGGAAGGUCUUCAGAGGAAGAAAGUUCUCUACAUAAAUAUUGAGUUUAUAAUCGAUAUG